AUGUGCGAGCACCACCAAUCCUCCGGCACCCCGGGCCGCGACGGUCCGCCCAUUGAAGCUUCGUGCCAGUGCAGCUUCUGCUCCUGGCGUGCCUUAAGCAUCCGGCGGUCCCCGCUCUCCCUUGCUCGUACCGCCCACCCGGACCCCCUCACCAUCUUCCGGCUGUAUCUACCCACAAGCCAGACGUGCGCCCACAAAACAGCGGCCGAUCACUCGUUCGCCAUCACCCGAGGCUCCAGCGAGAAGGGCACGCGGCGCUCCCUCCUCGCUCACCCCUUCGGCCUACCUCGCGCACGAAGUGAGGGCGCCUCAUUGCGUCAAUACUGGGAGAACUGGGAGCGCAAGACUAAUCCCAACUGGGGUGCGACCGACAAGCAGCUGAUCGCCUCGGCCGCGCUCGAUGCUUUGAUGCACACUCCGUUCAAAACGUCGUGCAACCCAACUCUGCGGUCUACACCGGCACCCCCAGUGCUUACCUACACAAAGCCCCCACAAUCUCCAGGCUCUCUUCCCUUUAUCGUCGAACGCCAGUCAGUGAAGAUCGCCUCAUCUCCCGUCGGGCAGGAGCAGUUCCAGCGGGCGUCUACCGACGGUUUUAGCACGAGCGCUUCCCCUUAA